AUGUGCUCCCCGAGGUGUGGGAAGGGGUGUGCAGAGGCGGGGGCUGCUGCUGCACCGCGGAUCAAAGGCGCGCAGGGGGGGCCGGAGAACAGCCGGCACUCGUUCCGGGGCGUGCGGCAGCGGCAGUGGGGGAAGUGGGUGGCGGAGAUUAAAGAGCCUCGGCACCGCAAGCGCGUGUGGCUGGGAUCGUUUGACACGGCGGAGGAGGCAGCUCGUGCGUAUGACCAUGCUGCCCGGGUGUUCCAUGGACCUCGUGCCAAGUGUAACUUGGAAAUUGUGGGUGCAUCCUCGUUACCAGCAGCCUUGGGAACAGCAGCCCCGGGAACAGCAGCUUCGGUACCAGCAGCCUCAGGAACGGCAGAGGAUACAGCGAUUGCAGCAGCAGCAGCAGCAGCAGCAGCAGCAGCAGCAGCAGCAGCAGCAGCAGCAGCAGCAGCAGCAGCAGCAGGAGCAGCAGCAGCAGCAGGAGCAGCAGCAGCGGUUGUGGGUGGUGGUCCCACUCCAUCUACCUCUGCACUUGGAGUGCAUGAGCUGCCAUUCACAGCCCAGCAAGCAGCGGCUGCAUUCCCCAGUGGCACGCCCCCCAUGCUGCUCGACACGCGCUCUCGGGAUUCACCGUACCUAUAA